GUCAAAGUCUUGUCACACCAGACAAACAUGUUUUGCACAAGCCUUUAAAACAACCAGGAAGCAACUCUCCAGAUAAGAGAAACUGAAACUUAAGCGCUGUUAAGGUUUGUACUCGUCUCUCUGUCCGUGUGUUUGUGAAAAAUGGCAGAAGCCAGUAUUUCUGUGGCUCAGGAUCAGUUCACCUGUUCAAUCUGUCUGGAUCUGCUGAAGAAUCCAGUGACUAUUCCCUGCGGACACAGUUUCUGUAUGGACUGUAUUAAAGACUGCUGGAAUCAGGAAGAUCAGAAGAGAAUCUACAGCUGUCCUCAAUGCAGACAAACCUUCACACCAAGACCUGUUUUAGGUAAAAACACCAUGCUGGCUGAAGUGGUGGAGAAACUGAAGAAUACAAGACUUCAAUCUUCUCAUGUCUCUGCUCAUUGUUACGCUGGAUCUGGAGAUGUGGAGUGUGACGUCUGUACUGAGAGAAAACUGAAAGCAGUCAAGUCCUGUCUAGUGUGUCUGAACUCUUACUGUCAAAAUCACCUCGACCAGCAUGAACAUUUCUUUAAAGGUAGAAAACACAAAGUGACUGAUGCCACUGGACGACUACAAGAAAUGAUCUGCAGAAAACAUGAUAAACAACUGGAAAUCUACUGUCGUACGGAUGAGCAAUGCAUUUGUUAUUUGUGUACGAUGGAUGAACAUAAAAACCACGACACCGUGACAGCUGUGGCAGAGAGAACACAGAAACAGACCCUUUUGUUAGAGACACAAAGAAAGUUUCAUGAGAGAAUUCAGGAGAGAGAGAAGGAGCUUCAGGAGCUGAGACAGGCUGUGGACUCUCAUAAGCGCUCUGCACAGACAGCAGUGGAGGACAGUGAGAGGAUCUUUACUGAACUCAUCCGCUCCAUAGAGAGAAGCCGCUCUGAGGUGACACGACUGAUCAGAGAUCAGGAAAAGACUGCAGUGAGUCGAGCUGAAGGAGUCUUGAAGCGUCUGCAGCAGGAGAUCGAUGAUCUGAGGAGGAGAGACACUGAACUGAAGCUGUUGUUACUCACAGAUGAUCACAUUCAUGUCCUGCAGAGUUUCAAGUGUUUGUCUGUGGCUCCUGGAUCUUCAGAUGUUUCCAACAUUACUGUCAGUUCUCAACUCUCUUUUGAUGAAGUGAAAAAAUCUGUUUCUGAACUAAAAGAAAAACUGGAGGAUUUCUGCAAAGAAGAGAUUGAAAAUAUAUCUGGUGGAGUAACAUACACUGAAAUCAUUGCUUACAAAGAACUGAAGACAAGAGAAGAGUUCCUGCAAUAUUCCAGUCUGUUCUCUCUGGAUCCAAACACAGCUUAUAAAACCAUCAGUCUGUCUGAGAACAACAGUGUGGCUACAUGCACUAAUACAGUCCAGCAGUAUCCUGAUCAUCCAGACAGAUUUGAUCACUGGCAGCAGGUGUUGUGUAGUGAGAGUGUGUGUGGACGCUGUUACUGGGAGGUUGAGAGGAGGGGUGGUGUGGGUAUAUCAGUGUCAUAUAAGAGCAUCAGCAGGAAGGGACAGGGCUAUGAGUGUGUGUUUGGAUUUAAUGAUCAGACCUGGAGAUUGCACUGCACUGACUCCACAUGCUGCUUCUGGAACAAUAACAAACACACUGAUCUCACUGCAGUGUCCAGCUCCUGUAGAAUAGGAGUGUAUGUGGAUCACAGAGCAGGAAUUCUGUCCUUCUACAGCGUCUCUGACACAAUGACCCUCAUCCACAGAGUCCAGACCACAUUCACUCAUCCUCUCUACCCUGGGUUUUGGAUCAAUUCAAACUCAACAGUGAAACUCUGUAGUCUAACAAGAUUAAAGAAACAGAGAUUUUAUUUUGACCCACAUGAUUAAUUGGUAACACUGAGAUGUUAAAAGUCUCUUAUUGUCUAUUUAAAACGUAAAUCCUUUUACUGAAACUCUUAUCAAUGCAUGUCAUUUAUUAUCAGAUAUUUCUGGUUAGAUUGGUCUAAUGAUGGUUGUGGUGUGUUAGUGUUCUACUAAAAUAUCAUUGUAUAAGACCAAGCGACACAGUUUGUGUUUGUUCUGAUUUUCUUUUUUGUCUGAUUCCUCUUGGGUUCGGGAAAGUUUGAGGUACUGGAGCCCUUUCAUAUUUAAUCCUGAUUUGCUUUUUCUUCUUUGUUAAAGUUGCUUUAUAUUUCUAAACAGAAUGUGUGCUACAUUAUAUAACUGUUACUAUUCAGUAGUCUAUAGUUUGAUGCUGUAUAAUGGUUUGACAUUAUAUAUAUAUUAGUUCACAUAAAAUAAAGAAAUAAUUAUUUCAACAUGCAAACUGCAAAAUGUCUCUUGUCCCCUAAUGUACAUCUAAUAUACCUCUUGUGACAUUUAGUUGUUUGAUUUAUUUCUAUUUUUAAUUUAAGUAUCAAACAAGUUCAGUGGAACAGUUAAUAUAAGGCAAAAAUUAAUUAAAAUUAAUAAAAGUUAAGUUAUUAUUAUUCAUUGUCACUGGUGUUGAAAGUGUUGAAAAAGUAUUUUGAAAAUACAUAGUUCAGAAAAGUAUUUACACAAUCAAAACAGAGAGGUUGUCUGUUCAAAUAGGAUUUCCCCACAUUAAAAAAGCAUAUUAAUGUUUUUUUUGUUUGUUUUUAAGUAAUGUAUCGUGUUGUCAUGAUCCCCAGUCACAUUUUCUAGUCUUUUUACCGUGUGUGCUUCUCAAAGCGAAGGCUGCGUACUAAUAUGGCUGCUAUACAUCAUCAAGCGUCGUUGAAGGAUAUCUCCAUCCGCUUUCAGCCUUCAUCGUGUGCUCCUCAUUUAACCUCUUUUGUAAGUUUUGUAAGUGUAACCUUUAUGGCCUCAAAUCAUCCACGAUCCUUUGCUCACAUUACCAGAACAUCACGAGAAUCAAGUCUGCACAAGCUGAGCUAGCCCAAUUUUGUUAUAAAAUAUAGAACAAAAUGUUUUUAGAGAUGAAGAUAUUUAUGUUUUCUUUUAUUUUGUGUAAAUUAAUCACAUAAACUGCCCAUAUUAUAUAUGAUUUACAUUCAGUAUUUGGUGUUAAUGGGAAGUUGAAAUACCGUUUUGUGGUGAUACAUUGCAUUAUUUUCAAUUUCUCUCUUUAAACUUUUCAUGCCGUGACCAUGGAGGCAGAACCAUUUGUGACAUUGACAUAGACACUUACUAUGUCUCAUUCAAGCAUUUAUUGUUGAGGAGGACUGUAUCCUCAAAGCCUCAGAAGGUCUGGUCUAGAGAGGACAUAGCCUGCGGAGGACGCAGCCUUGCAUUUGAAAAGCACCCCAUCUAUCACCAGCGGGAAACUUAAUUUCCCAUAAUCCUCCACGGCCUAUCACCUGCACCUCCAGCCCUCUUGAACACCGGUCACCUCAUCACCAGGCACAGUAUGAAGAUUCUCUCCACACACACAUUUGGGGACUGGUCUCAAGACUAUAUCCAUAUACGAGUCUCCAACGGUAAGUUUAGAAAUAUUUCAUGUUCUCUCCAGUGAGUGUGCACUCCGCUCACCUGGACACUCAAGAGUCAGCUCUGAGGUCUGUACUCUUCCCCGUCUCACCUCGUCCACGGCCUCCAUUCAUUUACAUUUAUACAUUUGGCAGACGCUUUUAUCCGAUGUAAUAAACUUUUGAGCAGUUUGUUUUUGUCAGAGUUGUAUUAUACAUUUGUUUCUGACUAUGUGCAAAACCCUGAGAUCGAACCCAUGACCUUGGUAUUGCUAGUGCCAUGCUCUAACCACUGAGCCACAGGAAAGCUCAUGUCAUCAUACCAUUAUCCAUCAGAACUGCAAAAAUGUACUUUAUUUACCUGCUUUAACUAUUUUAAUAAACCGCUGUAAUAAACUUUUGAGCAGUUUGUUUUUGUCAGUCAUUCUGUGACUGGUGUGUAUUGUGAGAUGCUAUUAGAGUAUUUGAUUAGGAGCCUCCAGGACCGGAGCUCUCCAUCUCUGAUUUAUGUUGACUCAGAAAAUGCAUCUUUAGUCACUGAGAGGCUUUGUGUCACGAGGACUUUACUUGUACAGAUGUUUAUUGAGUGCCAGAUGUUGCUAUAUAAUUGUUUUUCUACUUGACACAAAUGUUGUGGGCCAAUUCGACUGUGUGUACCAUGUACUAAAAGUCUGUACUCUUUUUUUUUAUGGGAAGGCACAUACUUUCUGUAACAAGAAUAUGCAAGUGUCUGGAUGUACCAACACAAAUAAAGUAAAU